AUGACAUUUUUAACGAUUUGUCUGAGCUAUCAGUAUAAAAACUUGCAAAGUUAUUUUUACAAUCUCGAAAAUAUUUUCGAUGAAAACGAGUUGAGCCAAUUUGAAAAAGAGGAGAAGUAUGAGAGAUCUGUAAAAAUUGGAAUAAAACUGCAUUCUGAAACAAAUUGGUGUGUAGACAAUACUCAAAAGGUCUUGGCCCUUGUUUUUAACGGCCAAAUAAUGAUCAAUGUUGUCGUAAUUUGUACGGUUAUGCUACAGAUGGUGAACUCCGAGCGUACUAUAAGUAACGCCCUCGCAACGAUCACAGCGGGUGCAGCUUGUUUAGUAUGCACUGGCUUUUUUAUGUGGAAUGCUGGAGAUAUCACUGUGGAGGCAGGGUCCCUAGGUACAGCAAUGUACAGCUCGGGAUGGGAGAACUGCCAAGGAGACUGCUCGGUACGAAUGAGACGUUUGCUGCUAUUUGCAAUGACGCAGAGCCAGAUUGUCAAAACUUCAUACUCCGUGUUUUCAUUAUUACAAUAA